AUGAGAGCAAGAGAGCGAGAGCAAGAGCAAGAGUGUGAUACAUUGAGGGAGAGUGAGAGAGAGAUUGAAAGAGAGAAAAGGAGAAAUAGCAAGAGAAAGAAUUCAAGAGCUAGAGAAAGCAAGCAAAAGAGCAAGAGAGU